CAUAUAAUUGUUGCGAAAACCAUUAUAACAAAGAAGAAGGUACAUUUGACAACUAUUUUAUGUAGCUCCACCUGAGGCUUCUCGACAGCGGGAGAAAUGGUAGAGCCUCUCGGUGGAUGCUGCAGUGUACCCAAGUGGCGUCGGGAGCAACUGCUUGCACGCACGCUACCAAUCCACUGUCUCCCUGUCCAAUUGAUGUCACAAAGCUGUCCGGUACUUAAAAGUAUCCUCUCCUGGUUUCCAGUGGUUUGCAGAAGAGGAUGUCUUCCUUAAUUGACCCCCAUAAACAUAAUGGACAUCUACCAGGAGCUGUGCCAGGCCACCACGUCUGUUGACUCAUCCAGCUGUAACAGACAUAUACCAGGAGCUGUGCCGGGCCACCACGUCUGUUGACUCAUCCAGCUGUAACAGACAUAUACCAGGAGCUGUGCCAGGCCACCACGUCUGUUGACUCAUCCAGCUGUAACAGACAUAUACCAGGAGCUGUGCCAGGCCACCACGUCUGUUGACUCAUCCAGCUGUAACAGACAUAUACCAGGAGCUGUGCCAGGCCACCACGUCUGUUGACUCAUCCAGCUGUAACAGACAUAUACCAGGAGCUGUGCCAGGCCACCACGUCUGUUGACUCAUCCAGCUGUAACAGACAUAUACCAGGAGCUGUGCCAGGCCACCACGUCUGUUGACUCAUCCAGCUGUAACAGACAUAUACCAGGAGCUGUGCCAGGCCACCACGUCUGUUGACUCAUCCAGCUGUAACAGACAUAUACCAGGAGCUGUGCCAGGCCACCACGUCUGUUGACUCAUCCAGCUGUAACAGACAUAUACCAGGAGCUGUGCCAGGCCACCACGUCUGUUGACUCAUCCAGCUGUAACAGACAUAUACCAGGAGCUGUGCCAGGCCACCACGUCUGUUGACUCAUCCAGCUGUAACAGACAUAUACCAGGAGCUGUGCCAGGCCACCACGUCUGUUGACUCAUCCAGCUGUAACUCAUAGAAUUCACUGAUGCGUCGUGAAACAUGCUGCCCCCUCCUGGUGAAUCCAUGUCCUGCUGCUGACAUCAGUAUUUGACAUAAGUAUUUGUGUCUCUGGGCUGUAGUCGUCCUCAGUGGCUGACAGGACCACAGACAUUCAGAGUGACCUGGGGUGUGACGGUGAAACAAGCUCAAGAGUGAAAGGUGGGCAUCAUCUUAAAAUAAGCAGUCUCAAACCUGAUGAAAAGUACCAGUUCAACAUGGCUACAGAGGGAGAAGAUGGAAGACAAAGCAGAUGGAUCUCAGCAUCCCUAUCCACAGUGGUCCCACCCAAAGUUUUAAAGAUAGACCAUUUGGAAGAGACCUCCUUCACUCUCCACUGGUCCAAGGCUGAAGGGAUGGAGAAAGUCCCACAGCGCUUCUUCAUAUCCAACUGCAUCCCAGGAACAUUCCCCCUCACAGACGUUACUGACGACUGCCACAAAACCUUCUCAAACCUGCAUCCUGGCACCGAGUACACUGUUAGUGUUGCAACUGUGCUGAGCAAUGGGGAACAGAGUGAACCUGUCUCUACAACAGUCUGCACUAUACUUCCUGCUCCAGACCAGCUGACUGUUGACUCAGUGGACACCACAUCAGCUGCUGUUAGCUGGAUCCAGCCACCGGGAUUGGACCAAACCCAACAUCAUUACCAGAUCUCCUAUCGCUGUUCAGGGACAGAACCACACAUCACUACCACAUCUUCACCCAGCAUCACUCUCUCUGACCUGAAACCUGCUACUGAAUACUCUGUCACUGUCUGCGCUGUGCUGGAAAAUGGAAAGCAAAGUCAACUGGUGUUAACGACCCUCACCACAGUACUUCCUGCUCCAGACCAGCUGACUGUUGACUCAGUGGACACCACAUUAGCUGCUGUUAGCUGGAACCAGCCACCAGGAUUGGACCAAACCCAACAUCAGUACCAGAUCUCCUACCACUGUCCAGGGACAGAACCACACAUCACCACCACGUCUUCACACAGCAUCACUCUCUCUGACCUCCAAGGUGGUACUCAGUACUCUGUCACUGUCUGCACUGUGCUGGAAAAUGGAAAGCAAAGUGAACUGGUGUCAAUAACCUUCACCACAAUACUUCCUGCUCCAGACCAGCUGACUGUUGACUCAGUGGACACCACAUCAGCUGCUGUUAGCUGGAACCAGCCACCAGGAUUGGACCACACCCAACAUCAGUACCAGAUCUCCUACCGCUGUUCAGGGACAGAACCACACAUCACUACCACAUCUUCACACAGCAUCACUCUCUCUGACCUGCAAUGUGCUACUCAGUACUCUGUCACUGUCUGCACUGUGCUGGAAAAUGGAAAGCAAAGUCAACUGGUGUCCACAACCUUCACCACAAGAACCUGUCUCAGGGAGCUGUUGUCAAAGACUGGACUAGAAGAUCAUUAUGAAAACAAGCUGACGUUAAGUUCUGUCCUUGAGAUAAAUGCUGAUACUACAUCAGAUGAACUUCUUACCACUAUGCAGUCACUUCCAGGGGCCUUCCUGAAGAAAUUAAUGAUGGCAAAUGUGAAUGCAAGGAGUGUGAAAUGUCUGACCACUGACCAGGAGGCUUCCUAUUGUGGUAUAGACAACCUGGACACUGACUCUGAUACUAGUGAUGUCAUUAAUCCACUGGACCUGAUAACUGCCCUGUUUCUGUGCUCAGAUGGUUUCCUGCAGCAGGAGAUGGUCCAGAAAAUGUCCAUGUGUCAGUUUGCUGUUCCUCUGCUGCUGCCCAACUGUGACACAGAACAAAGCACUUUGAUGCUGUGGGCCUUGAGGGACAUAGUGAGGAAGUUCAGACCCUCUUCCCAAAUGGCCACAAAGGCUUUUGUGGAGGAGAGAGUAGUUCUCUCUGAUAUUCCUAUGGUGUCCUUUGUUAGGAUAGGAGAGAGUAGCUUGUCCAAGUCUCAGAUUUUGAACAAGUUGCUUAGUAACCCUCAACAGUACCAUGAUACAUUUGUUCAUCAUGAUAUGGAAUGUGGUGACAUCACUCAUAGAAUCUCAGAUGGUCUGGUUGAAAUCAGCUGGUACCUUCCAUGUGGGAACAGAAACAUAGACAUGUUCACUAAGCCUGUGGCGGUGGCCAAUCUCAGAGGAGACAUCAUGUCUUUUGAAAAACAGUUCUCCUUUCUGUGUCAAACAUCAGCUGCAGUUUACAUUUUCACUGAUGAUUUUGAGGCAGAUCUCAAGGUUUUGGAAGGAAAAACCACAAAAGCAGAGUUAUUUCUGGUUGUCAACUCUCAGAAUAAAACAUUCAGGUUGGACACAUUGAAGAAAAUGAUCACAAACUACAGUAUCAACCCAACAAAUGUGAUUGUGAAGACGACGCAGAAUGAUUCAGAAUUUGUCAAAACCCUGCAGUCCUCUGUAGGUGACAUCAUCAAAAAAAGUAAAAACAGAUUGACAAUUGAAAACAUGGCUGAUGUGGCUCAUCAGAUGGGGAUUCUGGUUGAUGAAGACCGGGAUGACUGUCAGAGUGCCAGGAAGAUGGCAGAUGAAAUCACCAGGAACAUCAAAGACAAAAUUAAAUUCAAAGACAAACAGCUACCCUUACAAGGGCAAAUCUGGAAGGAGAUUUCUCAGUUGGAGAAAGAGAGAUAUAGACUGAGAAAAGCAGGGGAUCAAAACAUUGAACUCUACAAGAGCUCUCUGAAGGAGAAGGAGGAAGAACUGAGAAAGAAGCAAUAUAAAUGUGACAUGUCAGAUGCAAUGGUAAGCUUCAUUUUAGGAUUGUCAGGUUCAGGAGCUGAGCGUUCCUAUUUCCUCAAAUGGAUGCGGAUAAAUCUGGACAAUCUGUCACGUCAGAACCUGUCUGCUUUGAGGGACCGGUACAAAGAUCUUUGCCAAUGUUCUCCAGAGAAAAAAGACGACAUUAAAGAUUUGGAUAAGCAAUUAUCUGACUGUUCCCUUGGUCUUGAACACUUCCUGCGUGAGUUGGGCCAGUUAUAUGAAGCUGCCUGCUCCCUCCCUGAAGACAGUCCUCAAAGGAAACAGAUGGAGAAGCUCCCUGGAUUGUGUGCUCAGAUGCUGUUGGAUGGUUUCCCCAUUGAGCUUGUGGAUGGAGAUGCAUCAAAUAUCCCUCUGAAAUGGACAUCAGCUGUUCUGACUCGCCUGCAUAAUCUUGUGGACUCUAACAGCAAGAUCCGUGUUGUUACAGUUUUAGGGGUCCAAAGCACAGGGAAGUCCACUCUCCUCAACACCAUGUUUGGGGUCCAGUUUGCUGUCAGCAGUGGAAGAUGCACCAGAGGGGCCUUCAUGCUACUGAUUAAAGUCAACAAAGAACUCAAGGAGGAGCUGAAAUGUGACUUCAUCAUGAUCAUUGACACAGAGGGGUUGAAAUCACCAGAGUUGGCUCAACUAGAUGACAGCCAUGAACAUGACAAUGAACUGGCCACACUGGUGAUAGGACUCAGUGAUGUCACUAUCAUCAACAUCGCCAUGGAGAACUCCACAGAGAUGAAAGACAUUCUACAGAUUGCUGUUCAUGCUUUUAUGAGGAUGAAGGAAGUGGGGAAGAAGCCGAUAUGUCAUUUUGUGCACCAGAAUGUGUCAGACAUGUCUGCUCAUGACAACAACAUGAGGGACAGGAAGAAGUUGUUGGAACAGUUGAAUGAAAUGACCCAGGCAGCAGCCAGAAUGGAGAAGAAGGAGGAUAUCACUAAGUUCACUGAUGUGAUGGAUUAUGAUCCAGACACAAGCAGCUGCUACAUCCCAGGACUCUGGCAUGGGACUCCCCCGAUGGCUCCAGUCAAUGCAGGCUACAGUGAGGCUGUGUACAGCUUCAAGAAGACCUUGAUGAAAGAUUUCAGAAAAUGCCAGAAAAAUGAUGACUUGACACAUUUCUUGAAGUGGACACAAAGCUUGUGGGAGGCAGUGAAGUUUGAGAAAUUCAUCUUCAGUUUCAGAAACAGUUUGGUUGCAGAUGCAUACGCCAGAUUAUGUUCUGAGUACAAUAGUUGGAAAUGGGCCUUCCAGAAGGAGAUGUAUAAAUGGAUGGUCAGUGCUGAAACUAAAAUAUCCAAUAUUGGCAUGACAGAUCUAAAUCCCCAGAGGUCCAUAAGAGAUGUGCAAAACGACUUGUUGAGAGAAGCAUCUAAGAAGCUUUCAGAGGGAGAAAAAGAAAUCCAAGACAAUCUAGUAAAAUACUUUAAACAGAAAGAUGGCCAUGUCAAUCUGGUGGAAAAAUACAGGGAGGACUUUGUGUCCAGUGCUAAAACACUGAGAAAAGAGAUAGAAAACACAGUGAAGAACAAAUUGCUAGGAACUGUUGAAAUUAAUGAGGGAAUGACAGAACUGAACAACAUCAAGAGUUCACAGACAAAAACAAUGGAAAAGAAGGUCCUGACUCUGCUGCAGAACUGUAGAAAGAAAGAAUCUGUUCUAUCAGAUGACGCCCUCAGAAAAGAGUUUGAAAACAUGUGGAAGGAGACUCUGUCUGAGAUACACUUCAAAGGACUCCAAAGAAGAGAUGUGGCUCAAAAUGCCUUCCUCAUGUUACGUGAUAAUCUGACAACAAGGGGGAGUUAUGUCAACAAGAUGUUGGUUGUAAACAGUCUGGUGGAUUGUGGGAGAAAAGCUUUUGUUUUGGAAUCAGAGAGUUGGUGGCAGCAGGCUAAAAACACAGUAAAGCACUGGGAUCCCAACCAUCACAGGAAAAAACUACAAGACCUCUGUGAUGACAUCAUAAAACAGUGUCUGGAGUUUGUAACCCAGAGGGUGAAAAGCAAGACCGAUUACCAUGACACUCACAUCAAAGAACUGCUUAUAAUAAUUGACAAAACAUUGCAACAACACACAGAAGUGAAAGCCAGUGAGGAAUGUGAGGUUUCUCUGAAGCUACACAUCUGUGGCAGAGCAGCCAGAGAGUUCCAGAAGAUGCAUGAUGAGUUCAUUGAAGUCAAUGACCCAAGGAAGUGUCUGGAACUGUCUAAGAACAAGUACCUUACUGAGUUCAAAGACUUGUUUCAUAACCGAGACCUCUGCCUAAAGAAAGCAAAGGACUUCACAAAGCGUUGUCUAGAGCCAGCUGUAAAGGACUAUGUGACCAACAUGAUUGGUCCUGAUGUGGUUGAUGAAGUGAAGACGGGUAAAGGGUCAGAGGAUUACAGCACAAAAUGGGCUUUCCAAUUCUCCAUUUUGAAACAACUCCUGACUGAGGAAAACUUUGAGAAAUACACUGAGUACAUAAACCAUUAUGAAAGGUUUGUGAAGGACUGGCUGUUUGACCAGAUUGUCCAACAACUCUCAAAGAACAACAGUCUGGAGAAGUUGGAGAAGAAACAUCUUUCAGAGAUAGUCAAGAUAAUCACUUACACAAUCUCUAACAUCAGAGAAACAACUGGCUUUUUAAGAGAUAUCAAUACUUUCAUUCAAAACAUGUACUGUGCCCUUGUAGAGAAGCUUGUCUUUCCAGAAGAUGCUCUGGAUUCCAUUAUGAUUCUAAAUACCGGAAACACAGAACAGUUUGCUGACUACCUCACAGAGUUUGUGAGAGAAAUGGAACAAUCACUGGCAUCAAAGUAUGACCACAGGACUGACAUCAAAGAGAGACUCAGAUCUCUUCCAUUCAAGCCUCAGGAUGAGAUGUUCACCAGUCUGUUUGGCUGCGGCAAGCGAUGUCCUUUCUGCGGUGCACCCUGUGAUGCAGGAGGGAAGGAGCAUAGCAAACACUUUAUAGCUAUUCACCGUCCAAAAGGUCUAAAUGGUUCAAAGUCCAGAUAUACAUAUAGGUUAGUAACUAACAUAUGUUCCUCUGAUGUAAUCAGUGAUUUAAAAUUCAUCCACCCCCUGGUGACGGGAGAGGAUGGUCAUCCCUACAAGGACUACAGGAAAUAUUACCCUGACUGGAUCAUAACUGGAGAUCCCAGCAUCAAGACUUCAGACUACUGGAAGUAUGUGAUGGCCACUUUCAAUAAGAGAAUCGCUGAAGUCAGAGGAGCCUCAACACUUCCUGCUGAUCUCCCAGAGGACUGGAAGGUAUUAACACGUGAUGAUGCAUUGAAGAGCUUGAAAGAGGCUUUCAACAUGAAAUAAAGUGGAGUUUUACUGUAUAUAAUGACUAUUAUUAUUAUGUUGACCAACAUGUUAACAUAUAAUUGAACAUUCAAAGACUCGACAACCAGAAAUAACUCUGGAUAUAUUACAGAAUCAAAAUAUAAGGAGCCAGCCGCCCAUACAAACACAGAAACGUUUGGGGCUCCCGAGUGGAGCAGCGGUCUAAGGCACUGCCUUUCAGUGCCAGAGGCGUCACUACAGACACCCUGGUUCGAAUCCAGGCUGUAUCACAACCGGCUAUGAUUGGGAGUCCCAAAUUGGCCCAGCAACGUCCGGGCUUGGCCGGUGUAGGCCGUCAUUGUAAAUAAGAAUUUGUUCUUAACUUGCCUAAUUAAAUAAAGGUUAAAUAAAUAAGAAAAUACAAGAGUUGUUGAAAUAAUGUGCAGAUCUGGAUCACAUAAAGUCAUAUUUGAAAUACGUUCAUAGAUAAUAUGACCUCUUAGCAAUUUACAGAUCUGCUGUUCCAUAAGGAAAUAGCGAACACAGUGAAUUGAAUAUGAAAGGAAUAUAAUAUUAUAAUCUGAAAGUACUUCAGAAAGUUAAUUCAGAAAAACUACAAAUAAGAACAAUAAAUGUGAACACCAACAGGUUAACCAACAGAUUCAGAAUUGUUUUACUUGAUAAUGUCCAUAAAUACAGUUUACUUUUCCCCAUCUAAUCUAGGGCUUGAUAUGCCUUAAUCACAGAUUAAUGAUUAGAAUGGUUGCAUGGUUCAGUGAUAAACAUUUGUCUUUUGUUUCUGUUAUUUUACCUUUUACUUUUUCAUUUUAAUUAUAUUUUUUAUUUAGAGAAUAUGCAUUUUUUGUUUCAUAUACAGGUAUUACACAUGUAUUGGUCUUUGAAUUAAUUUACUUCAAGAAGAAUGAUUGCUAAGUAGACUUAAAAGAUCAUGUUUUUAUUUGAUCACACCUUCAAAUAGUGAUUUGUUCAAUGACUUCAUUGCUUUGAACACAUUAGUUUGGAUAAAGUGUAAUUCCUAAUCAGUGAACAUCAGUAAUGCAACUUCAUUAACACUCUUCAGGUAUGCUUGAUGUAUGUAGUAAGUUUUGAAGUACUGCUUAGUGACCAUCAGUAAUGCAACUUCAUUAACACUCUUCAGGUAUGCUUGAUGUAUGUAGUAAGUUUUGAAGUACUGCUUAGUGACCAUCAGUAAUGCAACUUCAUUAACACUCUUCAGGUAUGCUUGAUGUAUGUAGUAAGUUUUGAAGUACUGCUUAGUGACCAUCAGUAAUGCAACUUCACAGGUUAAAACAAUAUGGUGGAAGGAAGCUCAUCAUUAGGGUCAAACUCUCUCUGUAUAUCUGUCAUGAAGUAGUAAGGUGUCCCAUCAACCCCCUGUCAAACUCUCUCUGUAUAUCUGUCAUGAAGUAGUAAGGUGUCCCAUCAACCCCCUGUCAAAUUCUCUCUGUAUAUCUGUCAUGAAGUAGUAAGGUGUCCCAUCAACCCCCUGUCAAACUCUCUCUGUAUAUCUGUCAUGAAGUAGUAAGGUGUCCCAUCAACCCCCUGUCAAACUCUCUCUGUAUAUCUGUCAUGAAGUAGUAAGGUGUCCCAUCAACCCCCUGUCAAACUCUCUCUGUAUAUCUGUCAUGAAGUAGUAAGGUGUCCCAUCAACCCCCUGUCAAACUCUCUCUGUAUAUCUGUCAUGAAGUAGUAAGGUGUCCCAUCAACCCCCUGUCAAACUCUCUCUGUAUAUCUGUCAUGAAGUAGUAAGGUGUCCCAUCAACCCCCUGUCAAACUCUCUCUGUAUAUCUGUCAUGAAGUAGUAAGGUGUCCCAUCAACCCCCUGUCAAACUCUCUCUGUAUAUCUGUCAUGAAGUAGUAAGGUGUCCCAUCAACCCCCUGUCAAACUCUCUCUGUAUAUCUGUCAUGAAGUAGUAAGGUGUCCCAUCAACCCCCUGUCAAACUCUCUCUGUAUAUCUGUCAUGAAGUCCCAUCCAGACCUCCCUUCUCAAGCCAUGGAUAAAUACCUCUCAUUUGGGACAAGGAAAAUAUCACACAUUUAAUUUACAAUGUUCACAACAGAACUACUUUCAAACCAUGUUUUCUUGCCACAUUCAGUCACAUUCUAUCCAAAGCAUUUAGUAAUUGUCACAACUCGCAAAACAUUUUUUUUUUUAUAUGGGAUACAGUGAUAUGAUGUUAGGAAUGCCAGGGAAACAGGUUUCCUCCAAAUAUCACCUUUCUCCUGUAGUGUGCACUUGUUCCCUUCCCUUCAUAGAUUUGAAAGAUAAUGACUGGUACUCUGUAUGGAAACUCCCUCUGUGCCUACACCAAUCCAAUGCUUUUACAUGUGUGGGGAGUAGUGAACAAGCGCACACUUCAGGAGGGAGAGAUUAUGGAGACAAAACCAGUCUUUUUCAACAACUCACAUCCUCACCCACUAGGGGGCAGCAGCAGGCAGGGCCAGGUUCUUAGAGGACUGGGCCUUUAAGAAUGAGUGAUUUCUCACCAGGGUUGGGGUCAAUUCCAUUCAGUCAAACCAAAAUCAAAUCAAAUAUGUUUAUAAAGCCCUUUUGAAAUCAGCAGAUGUCACAAAGGGCUUAUACUGAAACCCAGCCUAAAACCCAAACAGUCAGCAAUGCAGAUGUAGAAGUCAAUUCAGGGAACAAACUGAAAUCCACAUUUUACUCUACGCUUCUCCAUGGCUGCGUUCACACAGGCAGCCCAAUUCGGAAUAUUUUUUUUAUGUAUAAUUGGUCUCUGGACCGCUCUGAAAAAUAUGUGAUGUGUGUUGAUUUGUCAAAAGACCAAUUAGUGAAAAAAAGAUCGGAAUUUGUCUGCCUGUGUAAAUGCAGCCAAAGUAAUGAGACAAAGUUAGUCUUUUGACCAAUCAGGUCAGCUUUUAUACCAAUAAUGGCGAAGGUGCAUAAACAUGGCGGCCCUCAUGUACUUACCACAAACACUUCAUCUGCUAAGUUUGCCGUAUUGCCCAGUACUCUCCGUUACUCUUUGUUAGUAUUGGAAUUAACACAGUAUACAUGAUCCCAAUUCUAGCUCCAAGACGGUGGCAAUAAAAAACACCAGAUGCUGAUUUAUAGACACAUUGACCCAUGUCACGCGCCGUAGUUUGAACAGUCUACGAGACUACUAAGGCACCUAAAGAUCAGAAUUGGGCUGCCAGUGUAAACACAGCCUGAGAGCAACACCGUGGAAUUGGAAUUUCAGUUUAUUACUUGAAUUGACUGAAUGGAGAUGGAAUUGACCCCAACCCUGUUGCUCUCAGGUGUGGAUGGUUGACAGGUGAUUACUGAUCAGAGAAGCUAUAUGAAAGUAGCCUCCCAACCAGGUUGCUCUCAGGUAUGGAUGGUUGACAGGUGAUUACUGAUCAGAGAAGCUAUAUGAAAGUAGCCUCCCAACCAGGUUGCUCUCAGGUAUGGAUGGUUGACAGGUGAUUACUGAUCAGAGAAGCUAUAUGAAAGUAGCCUCCCAACCAGGUUGCUCUCAGGUAUGGAUGGUUGACAGGUGAUUACUGAUCAGAGAAGCUAUAUGAAAGUAGCCUCCCAACCAGGUUGCUCUCAGGUAUGGAUGGUUGACAGGUGAUUACUGAUCAGAGAAGCUAUAUGAAAGUAGCCUCCCAACCAGGUUGCUCUCAGGUAUGGAUGGUUGACAGGUGAUUACUGAUCAGAGAAGCUAUAUGAAAGUAGCCUCCCAACCAGUUUGUUUUCCUGCAGUUUGUUUCGAUCCCUUUUGUUUGGCAAGUCUUUGUGAUUUUGUCAUCGGAGAGUUGUCCUGCCCAUCUAGAUUCCAUGUUAAUAUUAAAGUAUAAAACAGA